CGAAAAGACUAUUUUAUUAAAUGGUUUUUCGGUGAAACAAAAUAGUAAUGGUUUUACUUCUUACACAGCAGGGGAGAAAAGAGUAGGUGGAGCUCAAGAGAUAUUUAUUGGCAAUUAUCAAUUGACCGAAAGGCAAGCAAAAGAAUUAGAGUUUUUUCAGUGA